CAAUUUUCCACCCCGCUCCUACUGUCAGCACAACCUGGCUAAACUCAUCGACCCAAGUUCAGCCCACAGCUUAAGUCACACUCAACCUACCCUCAUCUUCAACAUGGCUCAACAGCAUCCGAAUCUCCCCCUGCCUGACUACUUCUCCAAGUUUGCCAGCAAUUAUGUUCGUCAGACGGGUCACACGACCCUCAACAUUCUUGCCGACGUCAUCACGUCCAAUGUCCAGACGUCUGCCAAUCCUAUUGGCCCGGACUCGGUCGUGCACGACACGGCCGCUGGGCCCGGCAUAGGCGCCGCGGCCCUCGUCGCCAGGCUCCCCAAGGAGCAGCUGCCAAAGGAGAUUCUGGUCUCAGACAAUGUCGCCAUGAUGGUGUCGGCCGCGCGCGAGUCCCUUGUCGCCUCCCCGCUGCCCCACGUCGAUUGCAAGGAGCUCGACUCGCAGGACCUGUCGUCGGUGCCUGACAAUUACUUCACCCACUCCAUCGACAACUUCAGCAUCUUCACCUUUGUCCGCCCCGGUGACGCCGUCCGUGAGACUUACCGCACCCUGCGCCCUGGCGGCCUCGCUGUCGUCACCUGCUGGCGCCGCUUCGCGCCCAUGUUCAUCGUCCAUGCCGCUCAGAAGAAGAUCCGCCCGGACCUACCACUCAUGUCUACACCAAGCCCUGAGUUCUACCAAGAGGGCGUACUGCAGAAAGUGGUCGAGGAGAGCGGCUUCGCCAAGGACAAGAUAACAGUGACCGAUAAGGUCUUGGUCGUCGACGACGAGGAAAACAUUGCUGGCCUUACUUCGCUCAUGUCGGGCCCCAUGAUGGCCAAGGCGCGCGAGGGCUACACGGAGGAAGAGGAGUCUAGGUGGGUUGGGGCUGUUGCUCAGUCCGUGAAGGAAGAGGUACAGCAGUUUGGCGGCAUCAGGUUUGAGGCCUACAUCCUCUUGGCUACCAAGUAGAGCAGCUUGAGCGUAUCUGCUCAUGAACAGGGAGGGUGAGAGAAAUUUUGACUGAGUGCUACCGUGUGUUAACUAGUAUCUGCCCCUGAUCUGCUCCAAGUGCCUCGUUCUUCCUCGUGUGGAUGCGGCGGCAUCACCAUCCACAGAUGGCGGGGCCGCCAGUGCUUACGGAGAAGUGGCAGCUCAGAAAGGCAAACAUCCUGAUAGUACAAACGCAGAUCAUUUCAAAAUGGCACGCACAGGUGAAGUAAAUCACGUAUCACAAUGCAUAGCAAUAUGUUGACU